CCUGAUCGAGACGUCCACACUAGCUCCUGUGGAAGAGGGGUGAGAUAGCAUGUGAGUGCCGCUUGGACUAUUUUUGGGCUGUUUUGUCAAUGUUAUUAUAGUAUAGGAUGAGGAAGCAAAGAAGUUGUGUUUUAAUGUACAUAACGCUGUGGAAAUAGGGAUCGCUUGAAAUGAUUUAUUAUUUGUAAUGAAAAACAAAUUUGUUAUUGGACGCAGUGGAUAAUAGACAAACUACAGGAAAACACAAUGGCUCAAAUAGACGGAGAGUUUGGUGUGAAGGGCAGCAGCAUCAUCAGGGAGUGGAGCGGACAGGUCCAGCCUGCUCUGGUCGCCUCCUUCGUUUUCCUCUUCUGCCUGGAAGCCUGUCUGUGGGUCAGGAACCUCCGACAGAAGAGAAGACUGCCGGGACCCUUCGCCUGGCCCGUGGUGGGCAACGCCAUGCAGCUGGGCCAGAUGCCUCACAUCACCUUCGCACGGCUGGCCAAAAAGUACGGCAACGUGUACCAGAUACGACUGGGCUGCAGUGAUAUUGUGGUCCUGAAUGGAGACAGGGCGAUACGUGAGGCUCUGAUACAGCACAGCACAGAGUUUGCGGGCAGACCAGACUUUAUCUCUUUUCGGAUGGUCUCUGGAGGCAGGAGUAUGACUUUCACCAAUUACAGCAAACAGUGGAAGAUGCACAGGAAAAUUGCUCAAUCAACGAUCAGAGCAUUCUCAUCUGCCAACAGCCAGACCAAAAAAGCCUUUGAGCAGCAGAUUGUGGCUGAAGCCACAGAGCUAGUUGGGAUUUUCCUUAGACUCAGUGCUCAGGGCCAGCACUUCAACCCCGCUCAUGAGCUGACAGUAGCUGCAGCCAAUGUGAUUUGUGCCCUGUGCUUUGGAAAGCGUUACGGACAUGACGAUGUUGAGUUCAGAACUUUGCUGCAGAGGGUAGACAUGUUUGGACAGACAGUCGGAGCUGGCAGCUUGGUAGAUGUGAUGCCAUGGCUGCAGUCUUUCCCUAAUCCAGUCCGCAGCAUGUUCAAGAGCUUCAAAGUCCUUAAUCAAGAGUUUUUUGGGUUUGUCAAGCACAAGGUGGAGGAGCACCGAGAGACAUUUGAUCCAGAGGUAACGAGGGACAUGAGCGAUGCCAUUAUCGGCGUUAUCGAGAAGGCUUCCGCCGACAACGGACUGACCAAAAGCCACGCCGAGGGCACAGUGUCAGAUCUGAUUGGCGCAGGUCUCGACACCGUCUCCACUGCUCUCCACUGGAUUCUCCUUCUGCUGGCUAAACACCCAGAGAUGCAGACCAAACUCCAUGAGCUCAUUGACAAGGUGGUGGGGCGGCAAAGGCUGCCAUCUGUCGAGGACAGAGGCAGCCUGGCGUACCUCGACGCUUUCAUCUACGAGACCAUGCGCUUCACCAGCUUCGUCCCCGUCACCAUCCCACACUCCACAACGGCCGACGUCUGCAUCGAAGGUCUCCACAUCCCCAAAGACACCGUGGUCUUCAUCAAUCAGUGGUCCGUCAACCACGACCCUCUGAAGUGGAAGGAUCCGCACAUCUUCGACCCCUCGCGCUUCCUGGAUGAAAACGGGGCCCUCGAUAAGGACAUAACCAACAACGUGAUGAUCUUCUCAUCGGGGAAGAGGCGCUGCAUCGGCGACCAGAUCGCCAAGGUGGAGGUGUUUUUAUUCUUUGCAAUUCUGCUCCACCAGUGCAGCUUUGAGAAAUGUGCAAAUGAGGACCUGUCUUUAAACUGCACCUAUGGUCUAACACUGAAGCCUUUAGAUUACAAGAUCACUGCCAAACUCAGGGGAGAGUUACUUACAGGCUAGUAAAGAAAAAAAAAGGUCUGACAAUGAGAAAAAACACUGCGAUUUGAGGAAUGUGCCCAAAAAUAAAAAUCUACACCUUGCAAGACAGAGAAUUGGUAUGUAUUCCCUUUAAAUAGCCCCAGAAAUGUAGAUUACAAGCUCUCUCACUUCUACUGAUAAUACAACUAUUUCACUCAUGUUAGUUAUAUAUUUUACUUCUAAACUCCUGAGUAAGCCUAAAUAUAUCUGUACUGGCUCUGCCACAUCAUCCAAGAAACAGAAAAGGAGAGAAGAGAAGGCUUUGAUGUGUUUCCCCAAAACCACAAUUCAUAAUAGACUUUAAGUAUGUAUUGUUAUUUAUAUGAGGGUAUUCAGCAGAGUCACCCUAAACUGCAAUAUAAACCGGUGGUGAUGACUUCAAGCUUUUUCUUUUGUUCGCUGAUGGGGAGAAAUCGUGCGCCAGCUGUGUGGUCUCAGCUGAGUCCCCCGUACAAUUAUUCACUUAGACACUCAUUUAUCUCUCUGUGUAAUAAACUUCUUCGUGUUUGAGCUGAAUAUGAAUGCCGUGUAUAAUUCAUCAUGUACUCUUAAAUCAUACAAAAUACUGUUCUGAUAGCGACUCCUGUCAUGUGUAACAAAGCUUCAUGUCUACGGCUAUGCUGUCUUAUUCCUUUAAAUCACAUAAUAUGUAACUGCAACAUGAUUUCUUAGGCACUGUCUGUCUGAAUGAUAAGCUGAAUGUUGAUUUCGUUAUGUCCAUGACCCAGUGUGAUUCAGCCUGUACUGUACAGCUUUGGACUCAUAAUAAACAUAAUGCAUUGAU